CGUGGCUCAGCACCCGCACCCUGUCUGUAGGGCCGAGGUCUCCUUCAAUGUGAUGUCAAAAAAUGAGUUAUUUUCCCAUCUUAUUCACUUAUUACAUUGUUUAUAUCAAUGAUUUUUGAUGUUUUAUAUCGCCUCUCAACAUCGUUCAGCGUGAUGUGCGUGUUCGAGCCGUAAAUACAUAAAAACCAAUGCCACUACCACAAGUGGUGUAUCAUAAAGACAAUGAAAACGUUUCCUUGAUUGAAUGAUUUAUUUGCUGCAAAGUUAUUUACGUGUUAAAACAAUUCGCUGCUAAAAAUAUUUGGAUUAAAUUACAAAAGUGACUUAGUGUGUGUUAGUAGUGCAGUGGAGAAGGCGGCUCGCGUCGUGAUAGAUAAAGGAUCGGAGAGCAACAUAAUGGGAUGACAGGAAAUACGGAUUCAUGGAAAAGGUUUGGCGCCGAGUCGGUCUCCAUUCCUCCCGCAAGAAAAGGGAUGGAAGUGGAACGAGUCGAGAAGUGACGUCAUCGGCUCCCCCGGAGGCUGAGUAUCAGAACAUCCACACUUUGAGAACUGCCGACUUGAUACGGCAGCGGCAGGGCGAGGAGAAGUCUACACUCCGCUCCUCUUACAUAAUAAGGAACGGGGACAACUUCAUCUUGGUGGAGAGGCGACGUCGGCGGCGGCGCAGGAGCGGAACGCGGGCGUCUUCCGGCAGCCGGCACCACACGCCGCCCCUCGAGGACAAUGCCCGUGCAGAACAGAAGCGGCGGCCGCCUGCUAAACUGAAAUUAUUCGGAAUACAAUGGCCCUUGCACUCAAGUGAGACCAGACAUACGUCGAUAGCUCGUCGGUUCUGCCGCGGCCGUCGCUCGCGGGACGACAACGAGCUCUAUCGCUCCAACAGUUUCAAGUUUGAGCGAUUCACGCGAGAGCCUGCAGCGGAAGACCUCACUUCCAGUUCACAGGCGGCGCUGUGUGCAGACUACAGCGUGCCCGUGGACUGCGUGUCGGCCGGACCGGCGCCGAGACCCAGCUCGUUUCACGAGAUAUCUGCACCUAAAGUUGAAUUCUUAGAGGCAUAUUGCACGCCGAAAGACACAGCACGUCGGUCGCCACCGCGCGGCAGGCGGUCACGGGAACCGCGCCGGUCACCCGACGCCACCCAAUGGCGACACGAAGCCCGCAGACAGCACGACUUCGAGUCUAGCCGGAGACCGUACGACUACGGUUCGGGCAGACACUACCGCGAGUACGACGACGAUUCGGCCCGACGGCCGGCCUUCGACGCGGAAUCGGCCCGACGCCGUGCCGACUACGAAUCGGCUCGACGAACCGAUUUUCACCUGUCCACGCCGGGUGCACGGCGCAGCCCGGAGAGCGCGCCCGAGGGAUCCGUAGAUUCCCCGCCAGAGCCCGCGCCCUCCGCGCCCCUCAGACAGGAUAGACAGUCGUGCCAUCGCUCCCAGCCGUACUACGAAUCUGAAUCAUCUUCGGGUGAUCGAUCUACGACAACAGACGACGAGGAAGAGUUUGGAGAGUUCGACCCGUUCGCGACCGCACCGUCUUUGCAUUCGCCUGACAGCGGCCGCUCGGAUCCUAGAUACGCAAACGCUCCCCGGAGGAACCCCAGCCCGUACUACUACGGCGAUCUGUUCAAGACAGCAGCUCCACCGCCGGCCCCUUCGGCCCCCACUACAGCAUCAUCUCGAGGCUCUCGGUAUAGAAAGUCAGCUAGCCUAGACGCACCGCACGUCGCUCCCCGCCCGACACUGCCCAAGCGUUUUUCGGUGGCCGAGGAUGGGUUUCGCGAGCUAGAUCGCUCGUCCUCCUCGUCGGGUGAGGGCGCGUGGAUGCCACCGCGGCGGCGCGGGCGCGACGCGGCCGGCUGCGCGUGCGCCGCGUCCGAACAUGUAGAGGAGCGGGCCUCACGCAGCGUGUUCUACGUACCGGCGCCGCUACCGCGCUGGCCGCAAGAGAUGACCGCGCGACAGAUAUACGAGACGGCAUUCGACUGCAAAGUCGCGCGUUCCGACGAUGAUCUUGAUGAUUUCGACCGCGUCAGUAACCACCCAGCGCUGCUGCAGGCGGAGGAGCGCAAAGUUAUCUCCUCAGCCUCGUCCGCCUUCGAGGCGGUCGAGCGCGGCGAACCCGACUACAAGGGCCGGCGCAAGGUCACCAUGAAGACUGACAGCGUCCGUCGCUCCAAAAUACCGACGAUACGUCAAAAGAAAGAAAACGAGAAUAACGCGAGUGCCCUGUCCGAGGAACUGGAGAAGGUCCACAUCGAGGAGGAAGGUCGAAACUCAUCAACUUCACAACUGCCUCUCCGCGGAUAUACUCCGUCGCCUCCGUCGACUGCACCGCUCCCAACUAAAUUUCAGCAAAAAGACGGAUCCGCAAUGAACAGUAUAAAAAGUGCCCCAAACUUACCUCAGUCCCAACCGGCGCAUCCUCGGCUGAAGGACCUAAGGCUGCCGGUAAAGUCUCUGCGCGGACGCGAUACGCCACCUAGCAGUGACGUGAGUAUGGCCGACGUGAAGGGCUCGGGCUCCACGGACCUCGACAUCGGGCAGCGACUUAGAGACUCAAGCCGUGAGUCGCGGGAGGGCGAUGACGAGAGAGGGCAAUCAAAAGACGGUAUUUUUUUAGAGAUUAAGGGUCGACCCACUUCCGAUUCCGACACGUCAAAGUCGAAUCGGUACAUGGGGCCAAAGGGGGUCGGCCCUAUAAUGGAGUUUAAAGGAAGGCCGAGCGUGGCCCGCCCGAGGAGGAAGUACUCGAGCACCGAGAGUAUGGCCACCAGCAGUAGCGGUGGCAGUAUGGAGUCGCUGCGUAGCAGCAACAGCGAGGGCGACCGUAGUACUACCAGUUCCGAGAGCCGACACUCCUCCUCGCUCAGCUCGCACAGCUCCGACUCGGGUAACGUUCCCUUUACCAAGUCGCUGCAUCACAUGCAGCUCUCGGGGUUUGGGCAUCACCCGACCAAGCUACACAUUUUGAGCCCUAUUUCGGAUAAAUCGUCGCAGGAACCAGGAUCGGAGACCUCGGACAAUAACAAAAAUAACAACUCCCAGAAAGUGUCUCCCGAGGACUUGGAGACGGGCAACGCGUCGUUAAUGACUACCGACAUUGCUCCGAAAAUUAAACGUCGAGCGUUACAGAACAAGAACUUAUUAAAUCUCUCGUUCCGACAUUCGGUCGCGGGAGAUACGGAGAUCCAGGGAUCCGAUAGCGGUAUAUCGAUACAUUCGCGGGAAGGUGUUGAUUCACGGAACGCGUUCAUUAAUUUCAAGAACAGCAGUAGCGUUGAAGAGGAGAAGAAGAACGAAGACGUGGACCUGUCUGACCUGCCAUUCGACAUGCCCAAGCUACGGCGGCGGCGCGCUGAGGCCGAGGUAGACCUCAGGACGUUGCCCUUCGACAUGCCAAAGCUCCGCCGCAAGCUGCGCGGGCAGUCCCUGCAGCUCAACAAUGAUUUUGGAGAAGCAAUUUCCAAUGCUUCUUCCAGCCAGAGCGUUCAGGAUUUGAAUCAAGGUAACAAACACAGAGCAAAGUUGACGUUAAACUUCGACGGUAGCGGGAAAUCAGGCGGAAAGGGAUUGCAUCUGAACCUCGGUCCCAUCGCUCCGCCGCGGGAUCUGAUCGACGCUUCGCUACCACUCGACCGGCAAGGGUGGUACCAUGGUACUCUUUCCCGCGUUGAGGCCGAAGGUUUGCUGAGAGAUGCCAACGAAGGCGUCUUCCUCGUUAGGAACAGCGAAUCUGCCAAACACGAUUAUUCUCUGAGUUUAAAGUCAACUCGUGGGUUCAUGCACAUGCGCAUCUGCCGAGGCGCCGAGGGCUACACACUGGGCGGUGCGGCGACCGCCUUCCCCAACGUGCCGGCUCUACUGCGCCACUACGUCACUGCGCAGCGCCUGCCCGUGCGCGGCGCAGAGCACAUGGCGCUCUCCACACCGCUGCCUGCUGUCCUACUCUAAAGCUAUGCACUUGGGCAACUAUAUAGCAGCAAAUGCUACACGACAGGAGCAACCGUUAACGAGCCCGUACCGUGUAGUCUAACGAUUUGUGAUCUGCCAGCUCGUAGCAUCAAGUUCUGGUAGCACUAUGCAAGAGCUAAGACGUAACGCAGAACCAUAGGAACAACCUUUGUGACAAGACGUUCGCAUCGAAUCCAAGCGAUUCUAAUCCGUAUUCAAUAGUGAUUAAGUGUGAUAUGCAAUGGCAGUUUAUUACGUAUUUGUAUUUAUAUUUAGCUUUUAGAUAACCCAGUGAAUAUUACCAAAGAGUAUUUAGUGAAGUAACCAAUCGUGUACUUUAGUUGCGAUGUUGCGAUAUAAUUCGUUUAUUCUAGUCCCGGAUAGCAGCAAAAUAAAUGUAAUUCGAUGUUGUCUUAGCACGUGUAUUCGCUUAUCGAUGAUAAGGCACAGAAAAAGGCUAUCAUCUUGUAUCUUCUUCACCGGAUUUGAUAAGUACUAUCCACAGUUUUAACAAGUAUUUGUU